UUCAAUGUCCCCCCAUUCACACUUCUUAUAAGCCUACCCCUUUUUGUUGUGCAAUUUAGGACCCUCCCAACAGCCCCACUCUGACCUAGCCAGCCAGCCAACCAUCCUCUCCCCAACCCUCAAACCCCAAUUUUCUUUAGCACCAUUUCCUAGUAUGCUCGUGUGCUUUGUAAUUUUUUAAUUUUAUGAAUUAUUAUUUCUCCCUAAUUCCUGCUCUGGUGCUAUAAUUCUCUCUUAAAGCACUUUUUUAUCUCUGCCAUGGCAUCAUCAAGCAGUAGUACCACUGGAACAGGCUCCCCUUGUGGUGCAUGCAAGUUUCUGAGACGAAAAUGCGCCUCUGACUGUGUUUUUGCUCCUUACUUUUGCUCAGAACAAGGCCCUGCAAGAUUUGCAGCCAUUCAUAAAGUGUUUGGGGCUAGCAAUGUGUCCAAAUUAUUGUUGCAUAUCCCAGCUCAUGAUCGUUGUGAGGCGGUCGUCACCAUUGCUUAUGAAGCUGAAGCCAGAAUUAGGGAUCCCGUUUAUGGUUGCGUUGCUCAUAUUUUCGCCUUACAACAACAGGUUGCAUGCCUGCAAGCUCAACUAAUGCAAAUCAAAGCCCAACUAGCUCAAAAUGAUAUGAAUUCAUCGCAUAACAUAGUAGAGAAUCAAUGGCAAGAAAACCUUUCUGGCACUGUUCCAAGCUAUAUGAAUCCAAUCUCCCCACAAAGCUCACUUGAGUCUGUUGAGCUCAACAGUGGUGAUAGCGUGAACCUGCAAGAAAUACAAAGCAGACAUGAGGAGUUUUGUUUCCAGGGUUACCAUAAGAAGAGAUUAAAUAAUAAUAGUGAUUUGGGUGAGCUUCAAACACUUGCCCUUAGAAUGAUGAGGAACUAAGCUGAACUAUCGUUUUGGAUUUUUUUUUUUCUCUAUGGAAUAUGAGCCAGAUGAUCUUUUUUUUCUUUUCUUUCCAGUCCAUGAUAUGUAUAUACAUAUGGAAACUGUUCUGAAGAAGAUUUAGUACCUUAAGUUUU